AGCUCUUGAAUUUUCUAUCAUCCAAUUCAAAAUACCCUUCCUUGAAGAGUCUGCCAAUUACCUCAUAGUGUCGACAUGGGUUGCCAGGAUGAGCCUUUGGUACAAAAAGUCUGGGAGUUGUAUGAGCAAAUCUCAAGCCUUGAGAACCUCAAACCUUCCAAAGAUGUCAACAUGAUCUUCACAAAACUUGUGCUCACAUGCAUGCCACCAAAUCCAAUUGAUGUAACCAAGCUGUGCAAAAAGGUGCAAGAAAUGAGGUCAAAGCUCAUUAGGCUUUGUGGUGAGGCUGAGGGACAUUUGGAGAGUCAUUACUCUACCAUUUUAGGCUCAUAUGAAAACCCACUUGACCAUCUUAAUAUUUUUCCUUACUAUUCUAAUUACCUCAAGCUUAGCCUCCUUGAAUUCAAUAUCCUUAGCCAACACUACACCCAUGUCCCUAGCAAAAUUGCCUUUGUGGGCUCAGGUCCCCUUCCUCUUACCUCAAUUGUCUUGGCCUCCAAACACCUUACCAAUACCACCUUUCACAACUAUGAUAUUGACCCUUUGGCCAAUUCACAGGCUAUUGGCUUAUUUUCAUCUGAUUCUGACUUAUCCAAAAGAUUUUUCUUCCAUACCAAUGAUAUAAUGAAUGUAACUAAUGACUUAAAAGAUUAUGAAGUUGUUUUCUUGGCAGCUCUAGUUGGCAUGGACAAAGAGGACAAGGUUAAAGUCGUUGAUCAUUUGGCCAAGUACAUGGCUCCAGGAGCUCUUUUGAUGCUGAGAAGCGCACAUGGGGCUCGCGCUUUUCUCUAUCCAGUGCUUGAUCCUCGCGAUCUUCGUGGAUUCGAGUUUCUCUCAGUGUUUCAUCCCACCGAUGAGGUUAUUAACUCAGUUGUCAUUGCACGUAAGUAUGCAAUGCCUACACACUCACUUGAGAAAGGUCUCGGCCCCAUUAUACUGCCUAACAAAUGUGCUGAAAUCCAAGCCUUCAAUCACUUCAACCAAGGCAAUAUGAUUGAGGAAUUGGCCAUUGAGGACAAACUCUCAUAAACUCAUUAUACAUCUUUCUUUCUUCAAGAUAUCUAUCUAUAUGUGUUGCUGCACAUGGUAAUUGAGUCAUGAAAUUGCUCUUUUUUUCUUUUUUCAUUAUGUUGGUGCAUGUCUAACUUGUUUACCUCCUACAAAGAUGUUUCUAUUUUGUGUUCUGGCAUCUUCUAUUGUUGAAACGGAAGCUCUGAUCGAUACCAGUUUGUUGUGAGAAAGGGCUUCUAGAAGACAGCUCCAAAUAAGAAGGGUUCAACUCCAAUCUGUGUUUCCUUUAUUAGUUUUCCAUGUAUAAUCUAGAAAAAAGUUCACAUGCUGUGGCAGCUAAAAAAAUGCAUAUAUAUGAAGAAAGAGUUUUAUUUAUU